AGCGAACUAAUCACAACUUCUCAUUAGGGCCGUAAAUGCACGGGUAGUUUUCUGCUAAUAUUAACUUCUCAUGUGAUGAAAUCAGCCGACCAGGAUGAUUCCUUCGACUAUCUUUUCAAAAUAGUUUUAAUCGGUGAUCCAGGAGUCGGAAAAACAUGCAUUGUACAGCGGUUCAAAAAGGGGACUUUCGUCGAGCGACACGGCAGCACAAUUGGGGUCGAUUUUACAAUGAAGACAGUUCUUGUUGACGCAAAAAAAGUCAAGUUACAAGUGUGGGACACUGCUGGCCAGGAAAGAUUCAGAACAAUUACUCAAAGUUACUACAGAAGUGCUAAUGCUGUAGUAAUAACUUACGACAUUACCAAAAAAGAUACUUUCAAGAAUGUUGUGCGAUGGACAGAAGAUGUGAAAAAAUACGCUCCAGCUAAUGUUAUUAAAUUACUAGUAGGAAACAAAACAGAUAUUGCUGAAAACCGGGAGGUCACCCUUGAAGAGGCAAGGUCCUGUGCUGCACAUUAUAACAUGAUCGACACCCUUGAAGCUUCGGCAAAGGAUGCAACAAAUAUUGAAAAUGCGUUCAUGCGGGUUGCAAGAGAAUUGAAAAGUCGUUACGAAAAUGGCUCUCAACUUCAAGCAAACAUCAUGGAUGAUGCUGUGAUUUUAGAAUCAAGAAGUGUAGACUCAAAGUGGUGUGGUUGUGGUUGAACAAUCUGUUGUCCUGUUAAAGAGUUUUGAGCUAGAGAAGUUAGAUAUUAAACAGUUGAGUGUUUGGUGUAGAGUGUCAAAACUGCAGCUGUUACACUAAAGCAUUGACCUCAUUCAGACUUAAACAGAUAUCUCUGAAAUCAGAUGUUUUGAAAAUAAUGGUGUACACAUAGCAUAUUUCAAUUGCUUUUAUCAUUUCAGUGGUAGACUAUGAGCAGCCCCAGCUUUCCAGUGAAGUCUACUGCACAAGUAAAAAAAGUCAGUUAAAAAGAAUUGAUGUUAGUUUGCCCCACUUAACUCAUGGAGCAAGGUGCCCAAAAAAAUUUUUUUUUGGUAUUUUAAGCAAGGCACCCAAAAACUAUCCACUUCAGACUCUAAGACCUUCAUCCUGUACUCCCUAGGCUCUUUAUGGUGCACUUAAAUCAGUUUUUUUUUUCACUGACUUUUUUUGUGACAGACUUUGCUGAAAAGGAGGAAGUGCUUAUAAACUAGUCCGAUGGUAUCUACCAAUGACAUUGUGUAAAAAUUAUAUUUAUAAGUUAGUAGAAAUAUUUCCAAUUGAACUUUUCUUGAUCUAAGCAAGAUCAAACUUUUGUUUGUUUGCUUAGUUCAAAUUGUGUCUUACCUAUGUUUGUUUGUUUUGUAUUAUUGGUAUUUUACAUUUGUGGUGAUUGGUGAUGAAUCUGCUUUGGGUUUUUGUCAGUAAAUGUAAUUAAGAAUGUUAUUCUCAUUUUUCAUUCUUGGGCUCUAAAUGUUUUCCUUUGGUUUGCCAAAUGAUUUGAACUGUAUAGUAAAGUUGUCUGUCGAAAGUGUACCAGUAUUUGAAAGGGGAAAAACAUGUUAUUAACGUGUUUAUAAUUACAAGUUUUUUGCUAAUUUCCACCUUUCAUUUGGAUUGGUUCUACUUCUCUAAAAGUGAUCUUUUAGAGAGAGAUGUCAAAAUGACAUUUUGUCUCUGACCCUGAUAAAUUUUAGAUGUGAAACAAAAAUAUUAUUUAAUACCCUUCUUUGCCAUGUUUCUGCUUAACAGUAUAUUACAAGAAACCUUAAAAUUGGGUGACACUUGUGGCUAGCUAUUGGUGUGAUAAAUUUUUGUUCUUACUGAAUUUGAUGUCAUCAGUAAUUUAUUGCAGUUGUGGUUGGACAUCUUCAUGAAAUGUAUUUUUAUUUUAUUUAUUAUUCCACAUGGAAUUCUACAUUGUAAAAUUAUUCUGUGAUUACCUCUUCAUACUGUAUAAUCAACAGUCAGGAACUUGUUACUUUAAUGACAAAUUUGCCUAUUACAAGCUUAACUUAAGGUUCCAGUUUUCUGCUAUUUUGCCAACAAAACAGGACAAAUCAUUUCUUUAAUGUCUGGGUGUGCAAAAUUAAUUUUUUGGUUCAGUCACUAGAGCAAAAAAUCAGGCAAAAAUUUGAAGUCUCCAGAUAAACGCAAUAACUAAUUGUACAAUACAUGAUUAUAGAAACUAUUUUCAUAAAUUAAUCUAGUACUACAAGUUGGGAGCACUUGUGGAAAUGUCUGGGACAUUUCAUUCUAAAGACAUGGUAAACUAUCAUUAGGUUAUUAAAGUGGAAAAACUUUGUCAAUUUUACUAAAUGUUAAACUAUAACUUCAUAGACCUACUAAAAGAUACAAACUGCCUGAUACAACUUGUUUGUCUUUGAUAUGCAUUAUACCAGCUUGCAUUCCAUUGAUACUCUUGAUAACUUCCAGUAUUAUGUGAAAAUUGAUCCAAAGUAUUUGUGGCAAAAUCUGUUUGUCUUUGGGUGUCAGUAGUGAAUGGUGGUUUGUGAUAAUAGUUGCCAGGCAACAGUUGGUGUGGAUCAUAAUUAUUACAAUAAAUAGAAUUGUAAAAAUGAUCAGCACCUUGAAAACAUUCAUCACAAAAAUCAUUUUGACAUUGA